ACCACUGCAUAUCGGCCACAGUAUAACCAGUGACAUGUAGGAGUCAUCACUACGGGAAACUGACUGUUACUUAAACGAGUACGAAUCCCCCACACGGGUACAAAAAGAAACUUGAUGAGAGAUGGCAACGCAGAGAGUACCUGGUUUCCUCGCCAAAGUGUUGCAAGGUUCAAUAAUUACAGAACGGGCACAAUUUCGUGUCUUGGACCCGAAGUCCGGAAAGCGGUACAACGUGAAGAUUAAGGAAAAACGUCCAAAGUGGUAUCAACUUUGUUUUAACUGUUUGCUUAGGAAACUGCAUUUCAAGAAACGCAAUCACAUUUCUUUCAACACUCUUGGUGAAACCGAUUCCGAACCACUUAGGCCUACCCACGAAACAUUUACCCACGAAAAUUUGACUGAUAUAUCUGCCACUGCAGACCAACUUACCACAGACUCUGCCGAUGGUUCUAUUAACGACAACCAUACGCCAACAGAUCAAAAUCAGAGAGGAGAAACUGAAGUUGUUGUUCACCCUACCCCUGACGCACGGGAUAGCGAUGGCCAGUACUAUAAUGUUCCUCGUUCUUCCCAUCAGAAAGGUGAAACAAGUGACAUUGAUCAGGAAUACAACUACGAGGCAGUAGAGAUCAGUGAUAUCAAAGCAGGCAAUGAUGGGUCUUCUGAUGUCACGCCCAGUCCGCAACCUCGCGAAGAGAAAGCGGAAAAGAGCACAACAGUGGAGACAAAUUUACGCCAUGAUGUGGUCAAUGAAAUUGUUGUCUACACACCAGACGGCGAGGAUCUUUCCGGUAACACCGAUGACUAUUAUGAGCACAAGAUCAGUAAAAGAUACCAACAACUCAUCUGUCUCCCAUGUAACCCCGAAUCUGAAAUCGGGGAGCUAAAUUUGCCAUCAAGGUGCAUACAAGCAGAUUGAGUUGCCAAACUGUAUUACAGUGGAACACCUUUGUAACAAGGUCCUUGGGACUUUAUAAAAUUAUAUGUAUAUUGCAUU